GCAGACUCGAGCGGCUGUCUCUGCGCUCACUCCUUGAUCCUCUUUCAGUAGCGUUUGGAACCAGCCGGCUGAGGAACGAGGCGCUGUCCUUUCAGCACCACCGGGGGGUUUAAAAAGCAGCUUUUUUUUUUUUUUGGCGCAAUCCGUCGCGAACUUCCUUCCAAGAGCGAGGUGUGCCCUGCAGUCUGGAAAGUGAGAUCUAAGGAUGGUGAAGCUGGGAAGCAAUUUGAAUGAAAAGAACAAGCAGCAGCCGUCCAAUGAGGAUGGUUUUCAGACGGUUCCUUUGAUAACACCCUUGGAAGUCAAUCACUUACAGUUCCCAGCUCCAGAAAAGGUGAUUGUGAAAACAAGAACAGAAUAUCAACCAGACCAGAAGAACAAAGGAAAACUUCGAGUGCCCAAAAUUGCUGAAUUCACAGUCAGUUUCACUGAUGGUGUAACAGAAAGGUUAAAGGUCACUAUUCUCAUAAGCCUGGCUCUUGCAUUCCUUGCCUGCAUAGUCUUUCUUGUGGUAUACAAAGCGUUUACCUAUGACCACAGUUGCCCAGAUGGAUUUGUUUAUAAGCAUAAGAGGUGCAUUCCCGCUUCUCUCGAUGCUUACUACUCAGCUCAGGAUUCCAACUCCCGGGGCAGAUUCUACACUGUCAUCAGCCACUACAGCAUGGCUAAGCAAACCAGCUCGCGGUCUGUAUCUCCAUGGCUUUCUUCAGGAUCGGUAAAUCAUGAAAAUAAGGCCACUAAGACAGAAGGCCAUUAAAGCCAUGUGAUGGCCUGGGGAUGGAGGGAGUGGGAAAACCACAUCAUGUCUCUAAAUCAUUGCCCUAGUUCACAGAGGGCGCCUUGCUAAUCAGUGUGAUGAGAAUACACUAACUCCAAGUGCAGGUGUCAUCUUAAUGGAUAGUUUUCUCUCUUUCAUUCAUUCUCACCCUCCCCUUUAGUGCAUUGUUCUCGUUAAUUUGUAACUAAGUCAGGAUCUUGUACAAAGGCAUGUUAGGUGUUGACUAUAUCUCACAAUGUACAAAUAUUUUUAAAACCAUUGCUAAGUAUUUGUUAAGAAAAUAAAAAUGAAACAAAAAAAGUAAACCCAGAAAACAUUGAC